CCAGAUUUGAAUUGUUUGUGAACGUCUCUUUUCACCGAGGGCGAAAAAAUAUUGGCAAGUUUUGCUUUACUUCAGGUCUGUAACGAGGGAAGAAACUCCAGCGGGAUGGACUGCCCAGCUCCCCAGGAUCUCAUCUUCGUGUGUGAUGAGAAGUUCGACUUUGAUGUGUCUUGGUCCCCUGGCAGCUCCUUGGGUGAUGAAGAAGAGGCGGCUGUGUUCAUGGAUUCGUCCAGUGAAAAGGAUCGCUGUGCCUCUGCAAAGCUGGAGUCUGGUCGUGAUGGUGUGCUGGACAGCUUGAGCUCACUGACUGGAGACCAGAUGGAUGCUCUGUUUCAAGAAGCUCACAAAGUGGCCGUCCAGCUCCAGAACUGUGAGUUUAACAUAGCCAACAGCGAAGAGCAGGAAAAGCCCUGUCAGAUGAGCAAUAGCACCAGUCAGCGUGAAGAGUUCGUCCAAGACGUUGAGAACAAACUGAGUAUGCUCAGUCAGCCUGCCAGCGCGUGCAGCCCCAUGAAACGUCAGACCUUUGUGGUGCAGGACAGUCCCAUGAAGGAACUUCCCCCGGUUUUCCAACAGCGGCUUCUGAGAGGAAGCAGCUCAACUGUGACUCCGGCAUCCAGACUUUCUAAAGCCUCUCGACUGGCUGCAUCCACUGGCUCCUCCACCCGGCCGGCUCCUUCCACCCGUUUGUCCACCCGACUCUCUAGCACCUCUAGCCCAGCCGCUUCCACUCGCCCUGCUGCGUCCACACGUUUGUCCACCCGGCUCUCUACCGCUUCCCGACUUGCCACCUCCAGUCCUGCCAGUACAGCCAAGCCCAAGCCUGUGCAAGCACUGCGAGGGAAAGCCAUGUCCAGUGUUGGAGUUGUUCAGCCAAACAAACCUGCUGCAGUCUCUGCGUCCAGCAAGAAAGUGGAGAGAGCCAAGCUGCAGCCAGCAAGCAAACUGGCACCAUGCUGGAACAAGAGUCCAAGUUCCCGGUCCUCAGGCAAAGCAGGGUCAAGUGAGGAUCUGCUUUCUGACUCGGUGAGCGUGGCCUCAGACAUGAGCGACUCCUCGCUCAACUCUGGCCUGCUGGGGAAACACUCUCUGCCUCCGCCGACCAAGAGCACUGUAAAACGGUCCGUCGUCAAAGCUCCACCUCCACAAACUCGCCAGAUGACUGAGAGGCGGAAGACGUCCUCGUCUUCAUCGUCCGUGUCCAGCUUCAACUCCAGCCUUUCUCUCUCCCCUGCUCCUGGUAAAGCCACGACUUCAGUCAACAGGCGUAGGAGCUGUGCCGCUGGCCCCGCCCCCAACAGUGUGAGCAAACCUGCAGCACAAAACAGACCCCGUCGCUCCGUCAUCAACACGGUCUCCGAGGCUGGCACCGCUGCCCGUCGCCCAUCGGGCAUCCUGAGGAAAACGUCUGAGCCGGAGCUGGGUAAAAUCGGCAGGUCCACGCCGCUGAAGAGAACCGAGGUCACAUCCCUGCAGCCUCCAUCCACUGGGCCGGCAAAGUCCAAACCUCAAGCCCUUGUCCCGCCUACUCUGAGCGGGAUCAGGAGGGGAGCCGGCAGUGUGGAAGGUUUGUCUCCAGACUCAACCCAGAUGCUAAAGCGGAAGCAGCUGGUGUUAGCCAGCAACAAGCAAAUUCUUCCUCAGAAGUCUGUUUCCGUGUCUACACCCCCUGCUGGGGGAUGCUGGUCACUUCAACCUAAGGCACGCCGGCCCUCAGCCCUCCCUACGCCGCUGAGGCGCGGGAUGUCGGCCAUUCCGUUUGCCACGCCAACCAACCAGACAAGAGUGGGACGACCAGUGGCAGACUCUGACCCCAGUCCAGCCAGAGAAACCCGCAUCUGCAGUCCCUCCCCGGCUGACUGCCAGGGGUCUGUGGAGUCCGUUCCCAUGAUCAAGCCCUUUUGUCUGGACGACGACCCCCCUGUGACGCCGCCACCCGUACAAGAGCCUGAACAGCCGGAGACCACAGAGACUGAAGUAGCUGGUGACAGCUCACCAGAGGCCGACAGAAACCUGAUGGAGCUGGAGGCCCAGGAGGAGGGGCAGAGCAGACAGAAAGAGGUUCUUCUGUUGGAUCUUCCUGCUCCAACUCCACAGCCUCAGGAGAAGCUCCUCAUCGACCUGACCAACACCCCGGACCUGAUCCGUACCAGCAUCAAGUCUGACAUUACGUCUCAGCUAAUUGACCUGAGUUCUCCGCUCAUCAAGUGGAGUCCAGAGGACAAGCGGGAGAACAAUGCUCCGCUCAUCAACCUGUCUUUCUGAAGUGGCCUCACCCAAAACCCCAGUUAACAAGAUGGGGACGGAGAACUCUCUGGAGAGGGAAACUUGAAUAAUGAUGAAAAUAUGAAUCCGCUGCCGAGAUGCCUCUCGUCUGCCUCACUGCUCUGAUGAAUGUGUGAUUAAACGUUGAUUUUGUUGUGACAGUGUCUGAAAACUGAUCCUUCUCAAAUAAAAUAUUUUUAAGUUAAGUGA